AUGCCGCGUGCUACAAAUGUUCUCCUUGAAUCGCUCCGUCUCUACCCCGUGUUUCCGCUCAUGGGUCGGAUGGCACUUCGUGAUACCAUUCUCCCCGUUGGUGGAGGCCCUGCCCAGGAUGGUCCCAUAUUCGUAUCUAAGGGUACAAAGGUGGAAGUUGGAUAUCAUGCUCUGCACCGUGAUCCUAGUGCAUUUGGUGCUAAUGUCGAAACCUUUCGACCAGACCGUUGGAAUACGAUCAGCCCAGGUCAAUGGGAGUUUAUGGGCUUUGGAGGUGGGGUCAGGCGUGCCUAG